ACGCCAUACCUUUUGAACUCUAUACUCUCGAGAACCGCAUCCCGCUAGUCGCUACACUUUCAACGGCGUUCCGAGCGACGUUCGGUCGACAAGGCGGUGGCCUCAGUUUCCCGACAACGCCGUCCGAUUACUCUCCAGUCUCUAUUAUCCACCACCACAACAGACCUCCUCCCAGCUCCGAACCCCAACGGCUACUGUUUCAACAUCAGAACACACCUAGUUCCGCCACAACUGAUUCCCCCACUCUCCCUCUCUCUCCUUCUCUCUCUCUCUCUCUCUCUCUCUCUCUCUCUCGCUCUCUCUCUCCACACGCGUUUCGGUUCCGAACAGAGCCUUGAAAGGUUUUCAACCUUCAACUUCAACGGGAUCAGGGACGUAUCUGCUUGCUUUUCUCGCUCGCUCCAUUAUUGUUUUCGUGCUUCGCGUCCGAAUUGGCGGGUAUUCGUAACCGGAGAAAGAUUUUUCACUUGAAUUCGUUUUGUGAAGUUAGGGUUCGGUGGUUUUCGCUAUGUCUGAUACUUCCAGGGGCCGGGUUACCAUUACUCUUGGGCGUAGCGGUCAGGUUGUGAAGAGGGAUGUAUCAGCAACUGAUGCUUCUUUCUCAGGUUCAUAUGCCUCUGCUGGGACGAAGAGAUCUGCAAGAGACAGGCUCGGAAAUAAUGCUGACAGUUCCUCGUGGUAUGGGAAUGAACUCAGCAGCAAUAAAAGACAUCGAGGCCAUAUAGGCAUGUCAAAUGGGCUACAUGAUAGGCGAAUUGGCAAAGAUGAUCUUCGAUUAAAGCUCAUGCGAAAAAGUGCGUCUAGACAGUCUAAAAGGAACAUAGACCUCCGUGAAAAACUGUUGAAGGCUCACCCUCUGUCAACAGGUGUUAAUUCCAGCCGGCUCAUGCCUGAGCCAAGUGAGUCAAGCAUGCCCAGGCAAACACAUUUGGCUAGAAGUUCUAAUGAUUUAACACAGAUGGAAUCCAUGAGAUGCUCCUACUCUCCUUGGUCAUUAGAUCAUAAUCUUUCAAGACAAAGAUCACCUGAUGGGUUUCCUAGCACAUCCCAUGCAAUUUCACCUCGAAGAAAUGCAGAAGAGUUGCAGAGGAGGCCAUCAAACCAGACAAUGGAUGGUGUCAGGCAAGUUCCACGUGUAACUAGGAAUGUUCUCGAGUCUACAAGGGCUACAAGGCCUCCAAGUGCUGCACCUUCCACUAUGAUGGCAUGCUCCACAAUGUCCACAUUGCCUUCAGUAACGGCUAAGCCUGCGGCAUCUUUUCUUGGCCAAAUUCCUCCAUCAAGCAGCAUUGCUCAAAGGACUCCAUAUGUGGGCAAUGAACAGCAAUCCUACCAAACUGUUGAUGGCCUGUUAAAUGCACUGGGGCUCGCAAAAUAUGCAAUUCUCUUCAAGGCUGAGGAAGUUGAUAUGACUGCAUUGAAGCAGAUGAGGGAAAAUGACCUCAAAGAGCUUGGAAUUCCAAUGGGCCCAAGAAAAAAGAUUCUUCUUGCUCUGUUGCCUCGUGUCAGACGUCAACAAUGAUCUAUAAUGCAUGAUGCAGAAGCUGAUGGAUAUUGGAUCACCAGUUUUCUCCGGUGAUAAUGAUACACAAUUACACAUACAUUUGAGAAUAUGUACAACUGUAUACAUAUGCCUUCUCCAAUGAGGGUUGAGAAUGUCCCAUGUAUCGGUGACAGGUUUGCACUCAAGAACAAGUAUUGACCAAAGAUUUAGAUUUUUUUUUCUUCUUUCAGGUAUGUUGAUCUAUAAUCUAUCCUAUCCUAACAAUUGUUCUUUUGCUUAUUGUUGGAUGAAAUGUCAAGUUGAAUAAUUAAUUUUAUACUGGAUACACAGUAGAAAUUUUCCUUAAACGAGUCCUUGACAUUGAUGCUACCCUUCCUUUACACGCUUCUCUAGUGCACAUCUAUUAUUUGAUCUCUUUUAGAUGUGGUUAUGCUUUCUAUUGAAGGGUUUUGCUUAGAAUCGUUAUGGUUACAGAACAAUAUCUUGGACUAACCAACAAUCUCAAUUUCCCACCUAAUUGGGGGACUCUUCACAUUGAUGAAUCUUUAUCAGGAAUUCCAAGUGUAACUUUCCUUAGUAAAAAUACUUCAGAUUGGACUAAAAGAGUAAAAGGCUAGCUUUCUGUUUCUAUCUUUAUUCCUCAUCUUUAUGAGACCUGGAUAAACAUUAAACUUGUGCUUAGCUAAGUCAGAUCAAACAUUGGUACUUUAGUUCACUCUAUUGAUCAAAUGGCAUCCAUCAAAGAAAAAGUGAUGUUUCACCUAAAAAAGGGUUAAGCUUUUGGUUGUCCAUCAUGUGGUUUCCAUUCAGCUGCAUUUGUCAUACAUAAUUGUGCUAGUUGCUUGGUGCUUUAUAUAAUUUGUCUUGUGUUGGAGCCCUUAAACUCUGGCGUUUUCUUUACAUUUUUUGCUCCCUUAUGCUGUACUUUUGCAUUUCAAUUGGAGGAAAGAAAUUGACAUCUUUUCAAUUUUUUUUAAUCUCAAAUUCUCGCACUUAUCUUAUUUGCAUAGCCACAUUUAAUUCUUAAUAAAAAAUUAUGUCCUCAAAGGUCAUGGAGAAGGUAAAGGUUGCUAAGCUUCAUUGAUUUAUUUAUUUAUUUUUAAAUGAGGUGUUGGAUAUUAUUAUUAUUUUCAGGCUUGCAAACCAAGUUAGCCUCAUUCCAAAGCUUAAUUGGGACUCAAACAAUUGUGACAAUGAUACAUUUUGUUUUCUUGUUGCUUCUUCAAAGUAAUUUUUGGUAAAAUCAUAAUUUUCAAAGGGUUGGAAGGAAGUAAAAAUCGUUGCCUACCAUUUACAAGGCCAAUUUUAAAAGCUCCAUUACUUUCUUUUCACAGUAAUUUCUGAUGUCAUCUAAUAGCAUAUUAGGUCCAAACACUUUGAACCUGAACUGUAGCUAGUAGUUACGUAGACACCUAAAUUACGAACCUGUUAAUGCCAAUAUACUUAUCUUACUUACCUCAUUAUUUUUUUUCAAUCCCCAUGUGCCUUUGAACAUGCAUAAGUUGGUAUAAAUGGACAUUUCAAAUCAAUAUGUUCCUUCACUGAAAGAACAUGAUUUUUCUACGGAUCUUAUAUUAUAUAAUAAGACUUGGAUAACCAAUAUGGUUGCUAGACAACCAUUAUGCAAGGCUUUUUUCUUUAGGGAAAAAAAAACCAUUACAACCUUUUUUGAAAGUUACUUACAUGAAUUGCCAACUAUUUCAAUAUGAUCAACUACUUAUUUUUCUAUGUAAAAAAAUAAAAUAGUUGUUUAGAUAUCAUUUUUUUUGGGUAUAUAAUAUAUAACGUCAUUUUCACAUAUACUAUAAUGUAUUUUGUUUAGUUUUUUCUUAGUCAGUUUUGGCAUUCUAUUAGGUUAAUUAAAUAUCAGUGACCCAUUUUGGAUUUGUCCACAAGACUUGGUGGUAGAGGUUCCAUAUUCCGGUGCUCUCAAACUAACGUAUAUAUAAAAUAAUGAUUGUCAUUUCACUCAUUUUAU